GGCACUAUUGCCAGUUUGGCAUUACAGUACAUGUGACGUGUCAAGUGUAAACAAUCUUUCAGUGAAAUUGCGAGAUGUGGGUUUAUUCUGGCACACGUUCACCCACAAUAUUUCACUUUGUUUUAAUAGUGUUUGUGCUCACAGACAACGUUGUGUGCAACAGAAAUGUGUUACUACUUGUUGGUGAUGAUGCUGGGUUUGAAAUGGGAGCAUACCGAAACAAAAUUUGCCAGACACCUAAUCUUGACAAUUUAGCAAAACAAAGCUUGAUUUUCAAUAAUGCCUACACAUCUGUAAGCAGCUGUUCUCCAAGCCGUUCAGCAAUUUUAACUGGAAAGCCAAGCCAUCAGAAUGGAAUGUAUGGGUUACACCAAGGUAUUCAUCACUUCAAUUCCUUUAACAAUGUAAAAAGCCUUCCAACUCUGCUUCGAGAGAAAAAUAUCCGUACAGGCAUAAUUGGCAAGAAGCAUGUUGGCCCAAAAGAGGUAUACAAAUUUGAUUAUGAGCAAACAGAAGAAAAUAAUUCUAUUCUUCAGGUUGGAAGAAAUAUUACAAAGAUUAAGCUUCUUGUCAGAGAGUUCUUGAAUCACAGUGGUUCUCAGCCAUUCUUUUUGUAUGUGGCUUUCCAUGAUCCUCAUCGUUGUGGUCAUAGUACACCACAAUAUGGCGCAUUUUGUGAAAAGUUUGGAAAUUCUGAACCUGGCAUGGGUACAAUUCCUGACUGGUCACCAAUAUAUUAUCAACCAGAUCAAGUUACAAUUCCAUAUUUUGUACAGGAUUCUAUUGCUGCUCGUGAGGAUAUUGCAGCCCAGUACACAACUAUUUCUCGCCUAGACCAAGGUGUUGGUCUAGUAUUGAAAGAACUCAAAGAUGCAGGUUUUGAAGACAAUACACUUGUUAUAUAUUCUUCUGAUAAUGGAAUUCCAUUUCCAAGUGGACGCACAAAUCUGUAUGAUCCUGGUAUGGCAGAACCACUGCUGAUCAGAUCUCCAAAUCCUGGAGACAGAAAAAAUGAAGUUACAUAUAAAAUGUCAAGUCUGUUGGAUAUAACUCCAACAAUUCUUGACUGGUUUGGAGUUAGCCAUUGUGAUGAGAAUAAUAAUUAUAUUUCUUGCCAUUCACAGUUCACUGGGCAAUCACUGCUGCCCCUUCUCCAUGCAGAGCCACCAGAAACUGACAGACCCAUUUUUGCAAGUCAUUCACAUCAUGAAGUCACCAUGUAUUAUCCAAUGAGGGCAGUGCGGACUAAGCGGUAUAAACUGAUACAUAAUAUGAACUACAAGAUGCCAUUUCCAAUUGAUCAAGAUUUCUAUUUAUCACCAACAUUCCAGGAUAUUUUGAACCGAACACAUAAAAAGGAGCCAGUUGGAUGGUAUAAAUCUUUGAAUGAUUAUUAUUAUCGUGAUGAAUGGGAACUAUAUGAUCUCAAAAUGGAUCCAGAGGAGAGAACAAAUGUGGUUAAGAAAAAACAGUAUAAGAAAAUCCUUAGUCAGCUAAAGGAGGAUCUUUUCAACUGGCAAAAGCAUACAGCUGAUCCAUGGAUCUGUGCACCUUCUGGGGUUCUUGAAGACAAAGGAGAUUAUCAGCAACAUCCGCAGUGCCUACCACUAUACAACUUAUAAUCCGAUUUUUGCAGAUUUUAGACUUGUAGCAAAUGAGAGAGCUGCAAGACCAGAAACAACUCAAAGGUGCUGGUUAACUGAUUAUGUGUACGCAUCUGGGAAGUUGAAUCCAGAGGAUUUGUCCAUGACAUUAAUUUGAAAUACAACAGAUGAGUGAGAGCUGACUAUGUUAAGAAUGGAAUACCACGAAAACAAUUGAAAAUAUAUGGUGUGAAAAGUUUCAAACCACA